AAAAACAACAAAGGAAGAAUCCUACUCUUUCCUGUCCUACAAUUACUUCCAUAUCUGUCCUAAAAAUUAAACCCCUUUUUCUUAAAUCCAAUUUCUUCCCUUUAUAUUCAAGUACCAAACUUGAUUGAUAGCAAAAGAGAUUUCCAUUCUUUGAUUAUAUGUUUUUACCCAUUUUCUUAAGAUUUCUCAAGUAAUCCAACAACCCCAAAACAAAGAAAAAGGGUAAAAAAAUUCCAAAUGGAGCUGUAGUAGUACGCUGUAGGGUCUUCUCAAACCUCAAUCAGUCACUUUUGAGCGAGCUCUCCACCGACGCUCUAACCACUACUAGCUAUUCAAGAUCCACUUCUUCUCUAAAGUUCAAACCCAUUUCCCAUUCAGGUUUUUCUGAUGAGAUACAAGUUUUUUCAACACGACCCUCUUUCUCAUCUCGCUUUUUAGGUUACUUUUGAGUUUUGCCUUUGGGAAUUCUGCUAUUUGGGUUUCGAUUUCCUCAGUGGAUUUGGUUGUUUUGUAAUUUGACUUGGAUUUGGACUGCUGGGUUGAUUUGGGUUUUGGUAAUGGUGGCUUGAUUUUAGCUCUCUGUGGUUUGAAGAAGAAGAAGAAGAAAGGGGGAAGAAAAAGAAGAAGAUUAUGUCGUGGAAGAGCAGAGGAGGAUUUGAGCCAAGUACGAGGAGCUCUGUUUCUCGUAAAUGGACUUUUCUGUUUUGUAUUGGAUGCUUUUGUGCUGGAAUGCUCUUCUCUGAUAGAAUGUGGGCUGUGCCUGAAGUUGAAAAUAUGCCAGGAGGUUCAACAGAGUCUGAAGAAGAGAGGUUAAAGAUGGUAUCUGAGGGUUGUAACUCAUCAACUAAAGAUGGAAACAAUGAGUCGAAAGACAUUCUGGGAGAAGUUUCCAAGACUCAUAACGCUAUACAGACUUUGGAUAAAACAAUUUCAAGUUUGGAGAUGGAAUUAGCUGCUGCAAGAGCUGCACAGGAUUCUAUUCUUAACGGUUCUCCAUUGAUGGAAAAUGUUAAACUUUCUGAAUCAGUUCAUAAAAGGAAAUAUGUAAUGGUCGUAGGUAUCAAUACUGCAUUUAGUAGUCGGAAGCGUCGGGACUCCGUUCGUGCUACUUGGAUGCCUCAAGGUGAUAAAAGAAAAAUGCUUGAAGAAGAAAAAGGCAUCGUUGUCCGCUUUGUAAUUGGUCACAGUACUACACCGGGUGGUAUUCUCGAUAGAGCUAUUGAAGCCGAGGACAAAAGGCACGGUGAUUUUAUGAGGCUGGAUCACGUCGAAGGUUACCUUGAAUUGUCAGCCAAGACGAAAGCUUACUUUGCUACGGCUGUUGCAUUGUGGGACGCUGAUUUUUAUGUCAAGGUUGACGAUGAUGUGCAUGUCAACAUAGCAACACUUGGAUCAACUUUAGCUAGACAUCGGUCAAAGUCCCGGGUGUACAUGGGAUGCAUGAAAUCUGGUCCUGUGCUCGCACAAAAAGGAGUCAGAUACCACGAACCCGAGUACUGGAAAUUUGGAGAGGAAGGAAACAAGUACUUCCGUCAUGCGACAGGGCAACUUUAUGCCAUUUCAAAGGAUUUAGCAACUUACAUAUCAAUCAACCAGCAUAUACUUCACAAGUACGCGAACGAGGAUGUUUCGUUGGGUUCUUGGUUUAUUGGAUUGGACGUGGAGCAUAUUGAUGACCGGAGAUUAUGUUGUGGCACCCCACCUGAUUGUGAGUGGAAGGCUCAAGCAGGAAACAUUUGCAUCGCGUCGUUCGACUGGAGUUGCAGUGGGAUAUGCAAAUCAGCAGAGCGAAUGAAGGAGGUUCACCGCCGCUGCGGUGAGGGGGAGAAUGCCUUGCUGAGUGCAGUUUUCUGAUAAGCAACGUAACUUUUUUGAACAAGCUUAGAAGGAAACACGAAGAUAAUUUCAUGGGGUUCUCAAGAGAAAUAUAAACAAAGUGUGGAUUUAAAGAUGGAUUAAGUUGAAUUUAAGAAAAUUUUGUUGGGAUUUUUUUUUAAUAUGAGAGUAAAUAGAUAGUAAUUGUAAAAUACCAUUCUUUCAGCUCAUAGGGGGGAGAGGCUUUUCUGAUGCCUUAAUCUAUGUGGCUAAUCAAUCUCCAUAAGAAGUGCUGCUAUUUUUUUUCACAUGAACCAUUUUAUAGUAUAUUUACUUCAGCUAUUGUAAUUUUUCUACUUUAUUUUAGGGUGUAAAUUCUAUAUUGCUUUUCAAGCUUUUAUA